GUGGCGGCAACGAUCGCACCGCAACCGAAGACGUGAAUCAGUUUACCGGAGCGAGCGGUUCGAAUCGGACGCGAUUUUCAGCCGAUCGGAGGUGUUACCGUGUACAAACCUCCUCCUACGAUAGAACGGCGACGACGCGACGGGGCGGUCUUGUGUGUUCGGCGGUCGGUCCAUAGAAGUUGGGCGUCAUCCGGUUGAAAUCCCCUUUGGGUGCAAUUCGCUGAUUUACGGCCGGAAGGUGUCUCGUUCGCGUAAGAGCACGAUAGUGCACCAAUGCGAAAAUGAAUGGAUCGAUCGAUAAUGGGUAGUCCGAGAUAGUCCGGAGAGUGGGUUUUGAUCUAGGCUUCGUAGAGAUCAACGCUGCAAGAAUCAAAUGUUCAGAUGUGGUUUUGCGACGCGACGCGUCCGUCAGUUCACAGUGCAAUUGAUCGACUCCCUCGCAGUGAUCUCUGCUUCGAUCCCACUUUGAAUGUUUUUCGUUGGAAACCCGACGGGAAGUGGAAGUUGUGUAUUGCAAAAUCGAAAAAUAAAAAAUAAAAGUUCAUGCUUUACCUACCACGGUUGUGUAUCAUCAGUGCCCGAAAAAUAGAAGCGUAGAAAACGCAAAAAAAACGAAACCAGAGCCAAAACGAUACAGUUUAGUGAGUCAGCAAGAUCCAAAUGGGAAAAGUGCGUGCUGAGCUGAGUUUGAGCGCGCUCGGAAGGUAAACCGCCAAUCGAAUCAUUCAACGCGAUUGAAGAGCAGUUGGGUGGAUGUUUGGCUUUUUUCGGUGGAUGGUCGCGGAAUGGGUGGGUGGGCUAUCCGAAGAAGAGUUGAAUAAAAUGUGAAAAUGAUUUGUUUGUUGCGAAAAAUAAAGUGCUAAUAUUGUCUAGGAUAAAAUAUAUCAGUCGCACGUGAAAAAAAAUCUACCAAGUUGCAAAAUACAUAUCGGAGUCGUGCUACAGAGUGUAUCUGCGGUAAAAGUUGUCAGUGGGUUGUUAAUUGGAAAACAAAAGAAUUUUCUCGGGGAGCUGUUUUUGGCGGUAUCACGAAAACAUGUGUGCGACUGGAGCUGCGGUGCGAUUGACUAUUGCAGUUUGGCUUACGGUCACAUGUCAAUCGUUGUGCGAAAGGCGAUCAGGUUCCGAACAUCAAGGUUUAUUUACACAUCAUCUGGAGAAUGCUGUGCUAGUUAUACCACGGAAGGUGAACCACCAGGGAGAGCUAAUCUCGCACCAGUUAACACAUCAUCAUCAUCACCAUCACGACGAUCAUCAUCGUGAAUAUCAAAACAAACCACCUCGACACCUCGAUCGGAGUGUUUUCGACGAAAAGCAGCACGAUGAUGAAGCACCUAAUCAGCGCCGGGUACGACGGAGCCCGGCGAACUUUGGUGAGGCAGCAGAUGGAAAAUUACACUAUCAUGUUGACGUCGAGGAUCAGACGUUGCAUUUGGAACUGGAGCCAUCGACGGAGUCGUUCGUAGCGCCAUUAAUGGUAGUGGAGCGCCACCGGCGAGAUCUACGCACCCGAGCACGUCCCAAGAAGCACAUCAACAGCUGUCACUACCAAGGACACAUCCGAGGUCAUGAGCAGUCCCGCGUGGCCCUGUCCGCCUGCAACGGACUGACCGGUUUUAUGCGAACCAACAAGACGGAAUACUGGAUAGAGCCGUCGAAGAAUCAUUCUCCGUCGGAUAAGUAUGGGCACCCCCACGUUUUGUUCAAACGUGCCGAUGUUAAAGAAGUUAAAGAAACUCGCGCAAAGUCAGUCAAGAAAAGGAAGAAGAAACGGAAGCGUCGCCAUGCGAGUAAUUGUGGCACUAAGGAGCCCCGCCGGGUAACGGAAACUCGUCUGGAGUGGCAGCAUCAAGGAAAGGUGAUCGUACAAGGUGGACGUAAAAGUCGUGACCUUCCAACGACAGCGGCAGUCAGUCCCGGACAUAGCCCUACAUCCGGGUCCAAGAAGCGCAUCAAGCGGUCCAUCAGUACUCCACGACAUGUGGAAGCAUUGGUAGUGGCGGACCAUUCUAUGGCACAGUUCCACCAAGACGCCGAUCUUCAGCAGUACUUGCUGACGAUUAUGAAUAUGGUUUCGUCCCUGUACCGUGAUCCCACCAUUGGUAACUCCAUCCAGGUGACAGUUGUGAGAAUCAUAAUUCUCGAGGAGGAGGAAUCUCAUGCGGAUUUCAACGUGACGCACAUUGCGGCCAAUACACUGGAGAAUUUCUGUCGGUGGCAGCGAAGCUUGAACCCAAAAGACGAGAACGAUCCACAUCAUCAUGACGUUGCGAUUUUGGUCACGCGGAAGAAUAUCUGCUCAACGCAUGGAUGUUCCACCCUCGGCGUCGCCAACGUGGGCGGUAUGUGCCGUCCGGACAAGUCAUGCAGCGUCAACGAAGACAACGGGAUCACCCUGGCGCAUACAAUUUCCCACGAGCUCGGCCACAACUUUGGGAUGUACCACGACACAGCGAAAACGGGCUGCGAUCACCGGAUAGGGCCAAUCUUGCACAUCAUGACACCGAGCUUCGAGGCGGACACCAUGCAGGUUUCGUGGUCCAACUGCAGCCGACGGGAUAUCACGCACUUUUUGGAUCUCGGCCUCGGCAAGUGCCUCGAAGACGCUCCCAGCCAGCAGGAAACCUACAGCUAUCCGGACCUUCCACCCGGCGCCAUGUACAACGCGGAUUUCCAGUGCCGCCUCCAGUUCAACUCCACCGACGAAGAAAUGACCGUCUGCUCCAAACUGGACGAAAUCUGCGUUCAGCUGUGGUGCCUGGUUGAGGACGUCUGCAUGACCAUGAUGCGACCGGCCGCCCCGGGGACGCACUGCGGCAAGCGUAAGUGGUGUCAAAACCAGCAGUGCGUCGACGUGGAGGAUCCUCCGCCACCGGUCGAUGGAGGCUGGGGCGAGUGGAACGCAUGGAGUGAGUGUUCGCGGGAGUGCGGAGGUGGAGUCGCCAAGCAGACGCGGGAAUGUGAUCAUCCGUCCCCGGCGAACGGUGGUCUGUUUUGCAUAGGCGAACGUGCACGGUACAAAACAUGCAAUACCGAUCCGUGUCCGAAAGAGGUACCCUCGUUCCGGGCGCAGCAGUGCUCCGAGCAUGACAACGAUACGGUGAAAGGCGAGCAGUACACAUGGUUGCCGUACUUCGACAGAAACGAACCGUGCGAACUGUACUGCACCAACUCGGAAGAUACCAUCAUCGUCCCGUUUGGAGAUACGGCCGCUGACGGAACUCCAUGUAAUGUGGGGACCAACGACAUGUGCAUCGGUGGUAUCUGCCGUAGGGUGGGGUGCGAUUGGGUCGUUGAUUCCAACACUACCGAAGAUCAGUGUGGAGUAUGCGGCGGCAAUGGAGACAGCUGUACGGUCAUUCGAGGAAACUUCACCAAAAAGGUCAACAUGAGCGAAGGAUAUUACGAAGUGCUGCAAAUACCGACAGGGGCCAGGAACAUCUUGGUUGAGGAGAUAAACCCAUCGAAGAAUUUCAUCGGGGUUGGUCGGGUUAAUAGCAAGGAGUAUUACUUGAAUGGAAAUCGAUUCAUCCAGCUACCUGGCGAGUACGAGAUGGCGGGCAGUCUUGGGCUGUACGAGCGAGAAGACGAGCUGGAACGAGUCAAGAUUCCGGGGCCGAUCACCGAUGAUAUUACCAUAUCGGUAAAUGACCUAAUCGUUUUCUUGAUUUUCGUUGUUGUCGCACUCAUAAUCGUUUCGGUGAUCAUGAAAAAGAAAAACAACCAUGCCGGGAUUCGUUACGAGUACACUCUUUCCUCGAACGCUACCAGGAGUCAUUCGCCGUACUACUGGAAGUUGACUGAUUGGAGCCUAUGUUCGGUGACCUGCGGUGGCGGAAAACAACAUCGAGAUACAAUAUGCUAUCACCGCGGUGAAGGUGUAGUGGACGACACCUUCUGUGAACAGAAUGCCCACAACAAACGUCACGAGCGAGUUGCUCGUGACUGCAAUGAAGAUCCUUGCCCUGCCAACUGGUGGGUUGGUCCGUGGCAGCUUUGCUCGGUGACCUGUCGUAAGCCGGGUGAACCAGGAGCGGUGCGAAAGCGGUCCAUACUGUGCGUCGAUUCCAGUAUGAACGCCUUGCCAGACAGUCGAUGCGAAGGGAAAAGUCGACCUGCGGAUAGUGAGCCCUGUCCCGGACGGCUUCCAUUGUGCAAGUAUCUUAUUGACAGCCAGAUUCUGGUGGAAGACAUCCCGCCGGAGUUGGAGGAGAACAAUGUUAUUUAAAACCGCCGAAUGCCAAGUGCAAAAUGCUGUGUGACAGUCUGUAUUAUGUUAUAUUAACAUUUAUCCAUAUUUUUUAAAAGGAAAGCAAUAGGUUAUUCAGAAGCUGUUUUUUAUGCUGAUCAGAACGUACUUACAUUCAUAUGUGAACAAUAAAAGUAUUAUUUUUACAUUCAUCGCAAUCGUGCAUUCUCGUCGCGAAAUGACCGAGUUGCCAGUACAAAGCUAUUUUAUAAUAAAACAGAAGAUUUCAAAGUGCAAAACAAAAAAACAAUCAGCAACGACUCGAUUCGUGGAGAAUUAAAACAGAAUAUUAAGGCCCUUUUAUUUACCCUGUAUUUAAAUCGUAUUGCUGUAAGGAUAAAUUUUAGUAACAGCGAGUAAUAGCAUUACGCAAAGCUUAAUAUCUAAGUUUAACAUGUACUUAUUUAACUAUUAAUCACAUGAUUAUCUGGAAUGUUGGGAAGAUGAGCAACAUAGUUUGAUACUAAACGAUUUUUUCGUUAUCCAGAAUAAAGGAUAAA